AUGGUAGAACAUCUUGCCAGAACAGAACUACGCCAUGGCUGGACUCUUCGCGAGACAGACAAUCUUACCGUCGAGGAAAUCCCUGUGAAAGAAGUUCCUACAGUAGUUCAUCUCGACCUCAUACAGGCGCAAAAGAUUCCCGACCCUUUCAUCGGCUUCAAUGAGCUCGACGUUGAGUGGGUGGGCGAGCGACCAUGGACUUAUACGACAAAGUUUCAGCAACCUAUAACGAAAGACGGUGCUCGAGUCGACCUCGUCUUCGAAGGACUUGACACUUUCGCUGAGGUGAAAGUCAAUGGCGAGACCGUUUUGAAAUCUGACAACAUGUUCAUGUCAUAUCGCUGUGACAUCACCAAGUUGCUGAGAUCUGGUGCCGACAAUGAUUUGCAGAUUGACUUUGCCUCUGCGCUGUUGAGGGGAAGAGAGAUCGAAAAGCAGCAUCCGGAGUACCGCUUUAUCUGUCAUAAUGGAGAAACAGGUAGACUUGGUGUCCGCAAAGCUCAGUACCACUGGGGUUGGGACUGGGGCCCUGUCCUAAUGACUGCAGGACCUUGGCGGCCCGUCUGGAUUGAAACAUAUCAUGGUCGAAUUGCAGAUGUGUGGUCCGACAUCAAACCAAGUAAAGACUUCAAAUCAGCUACUGGCAAGGUUUUUGUUCGCGUAGAAGGCCCAGCAAAGUCUGUGGCGCUUCGGAUGAAUCUUGCCGGAAAUACCAUCCUUGAACAGACGAUUCAAGUGAAUGAUCAUGGCUUAGCGACUGCAACUGUGACGAUUGAUGAUCCUAGUCUUUGGUUUCCCCACGGUUAUGGAGAUCAACCUUUGUACCAGAUCAAUGUACGCCUACUCGGUGGUGAAACCGUCCUCGAUGAGGUCAACAAGAAGGUUGGAAUUCGUGAGGCCGAACUUGUGCAAGAGAUCGACGAUGCUGGGAAGAGCUUCUACUUGAGGAUCAACGGUGUCGAUGUCUUCGCCGGAGGUUCUUGUUGGAUUCCUGCAGACAACUUCCUCCCUAGGAUCACGCAUGAGAAAUACAGAAAUUGGCUACAGUUGAUGGUUGAAGGUGGCCAAGUCAUGACAAGGGUCUGGGGUGGCGGUAUCUAUGAAGACGAUGCAUUCUAUGAUAUAUGCGACGAGUUGGGGAUUUUAGUCUGGCAGGAUUUCAUGUUCGCCUGCGGCAGCUAUCCUACAUGGCCAGAACUCCUGGAAUCCGUCAAAUUAGAAGCCGUUUGCAAUCUUCGCCGGCUACGCCAUCACCCGUCUAUUGUCAUAUACGCGGGGAACAACGAAGACUACCAAAUCCAGGAACAGUACAAUCUAGACUACGAUCGGUACAACAAAGACACCAAGUCAUGGCUACGGUCUACUUUCCCGGCUCGUUAUAUCUACGAAGAGCUCCUGCCUUCCGUCGUCGGCGAAGAAUGUCCCAACGUGCCUUACUGGCCAGCUUCUCCAUUUUCUGGAGGAGCAAACAGCGCCGAUUUGACCGUUGGUGACGUUCACCAGUGGAAUGUCUGGCAUGGGAAACAAGAAAAGUAUCAAGUUUAUGAACAAAUCGGUGGUCGCUUUAACAGCGAGUUCGGCUUGGAAGCAUUUCCAGUGAUGAAGACGAUUGAAGGGUUUGUCAAAGACAAAUCUGACCUCCAUCCCCGAUCUGCAGUGAUGGAUUUCCAUAACAAGGCAGACGGACAUGAACGCCGCAUUGGUCUGUAUUUGGCAGAGAACUUCCGCCCUACGAAUAGCAUGACAUCAUAUGCCUACAUCACUCAAGUGUCUCAGAGUGAGGCAAUGUACUUUGCCUACAAGCCAUGGCGUCGACAAUGGGGGGAAAACAGACGCUGCGGUGGUGCGCUUGUGUGGCAAUUGAACGAUUGCUGGCCAUGCACGUCCUGGGCACUUGUUGAUUACCAUUUGCGCAAAAAGCCAGCCUUCUACACAGUCAGCCGCCUACUUGCUCCAAUCGCCGUUGGAGUGCAGCGCCAGCACCAUGAUUGGAGUGUUUGUCAUGCCAGACCAGCCAUCACUUUGCAGUGGAAAUUAUGGAUUGUCAGCACAAAGCUCACGCCGGUGGAGGCAUCCGUCGAGCUGAGAUUCAUAUCGGUCGAAACCGGGAAGGAUAUCAAACCGGCCGUGAAGAAAGAUUGCACAAUUGUGCCCAAUGGCACAACAAAUGUUGUCGAAGGUGUGGUACACAACCGUGAGGAAGAACCACACAUCCUAGCAGCACGUGUAUUCGUCAACGGUACCUGCAUCGCGCGUGAUACCGAUUGGCCACAGCCCCUGAAGUAUUUGACCUUUGGAGACCGUCGGUUGAAGGUGACACAAAACGAGAACGAGAUCCAAAUUUCUACCGAAAAGCCUGUCAAGGCAUUGGUCUUUGAAGAAGCAGAUGGGGUGAAAUUGAGUGACAACUGCUUGGAUUUGGUUCCCGGCGAUGACCAGGUCAUCAAGGUCGAAGGUAAAAAUCUACAGGGUAAGUUGUCCUGGACGUACCUUGGCUACGAAGAAUAG